AUUCAACGAAACACUUCACCGGAGCCCCAACCUUCACCUUUACUUUUGUCAACACAAAGAGAGUGAGAUCUACACAAAAAAAGGGAAAAAAUCCCAAUAGGAAACCCUAAUUCUUCGAAUUGAUUUGAACCGAGAGCUUAAUAAGGAUGAGCGAUUUCAAUCUCGCUCUGGUAAUCGUCGCCAUAGUCGUUUGUGUACUAGUGUUCCUUUUCAAUAUCUACCUCCUCGUUAAUUACCAGCACCCGGAUGACGCUAACCAAGCCUAUUUCCCCAAAUUCGUGGUUGUUUUUGGGCUCUCCGUCGCUGCCAUUUCCAUACUCAUGUUACCGGCUGAUGUCGCCAACCGGCAGGCAUGUAGGCACGCGAUAUACAACGGCGCGUGUAAUCUCACCUUGCCUAUGAAAGAUCUCUGGCUCGCCAUUUAUAUCGUAGAUGCCGUGCUCGUUUUCUUUGUAAUCCCGUUUGCCAUGUUCUUCUACGAAGGAGACCAGGAUAAGAGUGUUGGCAAACGGAUAAAGAGCGCGUUGCUAUGGGUUGUGACAACUGCAAUAGUUUGUGCACUCCUUCUUGGCAUACUAUAUGGGCUAGUUGGAAAGGUAGAUUUUACAGUUAGGCACCUGUCUUCUGACACUACUAAUUUCCCCAGUAAUUGGGAUUUCACUAGCAGUCAGCCAUGUAUUGGUGGAUCUGGUGCACAAGCUGUGUCGUGCUCAGCAUAUACUGCUAGUGCAUCUUCGGAGAAAACAUGGACUAUGCGCACUACAUUUCCAGAAUAUGUUGUUGCUCUUGCUACAAUUGUUGGAUCUGUUCUUUUCUCGAUAUUUGGUGGUGUAGGUAUUGCUUGUUUGCCUCUUGGGCUUAUCGCGUCAUUUAUACGCCGUCCAAAAGCUGUUAUCACUCGCUCACAGUAUAUUAAGGAAGCUACUGAACUUGGUAAAAAGGCAAGAGAACUGAAGAAAGCAGCUGAUGCACUUCAUCAGGAAGAAAGAAGCGGUUCAAAGGGUCGAAAGUGGCGUAAAAAUGUUAAGUCUGUGGAAAAGGAAUUGCUUCAACUGGAAGAAGAUGUAAAGCUACUGGAAGAGAUGUACCCUCAAGGAGAAAAGGCUGAAACAUCCUGGGCCUUGACUGUUCUUGGAUACUUGGCAAAACUUGUGUUGGGAAUCCUAGGGUUAAUUGUUUCAGUGGCUUGGGUUGCUCAUAUUGUCAUAUACCUUCUGAUUGAUCCACCUCUUUCUCCCUUCCUGAAUGAGGUUUUCAUCAAGUUGGAUGAUAUAUGGGGUCUUCUGGGUACAGCAGCAUUUGCAUUCUUUUGCUUCUACCUUCUUCUUGCCGUGAUUGCUGGUGCAAUGAUGCUUGGUCUGAGAUUAGUUUUCAUUACUAUCCAUCCUAUGAAGUGGGGAGCUACUCUAAUGAACUCUUUUCUGUUCAAUGUGGGACUUAUUCUUUUGUGCUCUAUAAGUGUCAUACAGUUCUGUUCUACAGCAUUUGGGUACUAUGCUCAGGCGACCGCUGCCCAGGAGAUAUUCGGCCAUACACUGCAAUCUCUUCGUGGAAUUAAAUAUUUGUACAAGUACAACGUAUUUCAAAUUGCGUUCAUCAUUCUAGCUGGGUUGACCUUCGUGUAUUAUAUUGCAUUUGGGUGGAGGAGAAAAAAGCCUAGCGGCAAAUUCCAACUUUCAUCUUAAGAAGGUUUUCCACGGAAGAUGAAGCAUCCUCUCGAGCCAUCAGAAUUCUCCGUUUAUCAUCCUUACUGGAGUGUGUUUCGUUAUGCGCGGAUGACAACAUCCUGGUUUUGCCGUAAUGUGGAAGGUUUAAAUGUUAUAUGUAAGUCCCGUCCGAUUUUAAAUUCGAGUGCUGCUACUGCUUGUCUUGAUGCUUUGCUUUCCUCUCCUUUUGUAUCUAUUUGCUAUUUUUUUUUAUUUGAUUAAUGCUUACACAUUUUGGCUUGGGCAUGUAAUUGAGAUAAUACUUGAGAGUUGAUUCAUGAGAACGGGGUUUUGUCGAACUCGUUUUCAUGUAAUUGUAACCUUUAUGGAGAACAGAAAUAGUUAAAAGAGCAAAUUUAUUAUUUUGUUGGAAACAUACGGAAAUUCCCAGAUAGUGUGCUUGGGAUUUGAA